UCAUUUUCCUCUCUUCUUUUUACGUGAAUACAAAUAAACGUUUACUGCCUUUCGAUCUUUUACCCUCUUGGCUGGAUAUUUAUUAUUAAUUUUAAUUCUAUUAUUAUUAUUAAUUGUGUAAUUUUUAUCUCUUAUUAUUAUUAUUAUUAUUAUUAUUAUUAUAUUAUUAAUAUUAAUAUUAAUAUUAAUAUAAGCAGCGGUCUAGGAUAAGAGAUUAUGCGAAAGAUUCCUCUGCGAUAUGAAAGAAAAAUUGUACAUGUACGAUAUAUACUUCGUAUCGAGCGUUUUGUGUCUUCCUUCUUAAGAUAUUCGAGGCAGGUCCGCAUAUAUUGUGUAUUGUUUAUAAAUAAAUUAAUGUUUAAAGCGAGACCGUUUCGAAAGAUCGGUCGUAUAAACGAUUAGUAAUAACGACCAUCUCGGAUUCUUCUUUCGUGUAUCAUACUAAACACGUACUUUUUUCUUUAAAACAAAGAAUGUAAGCGUGUAAAGAAAAUAAUAAACACUUUACACGAAGUACAUUUGAGUAAAUUAUUACGCAUCUGGUUGCGAGUAGUUGAAAUUGACGAUAAGACAUAUUCGAAUCGAUUGAAAUUCAUCUAAAUCAAUGAAAACAAAUGUCAUCGACGUUAUGCAAAGAACACACCUUUGUUUUGGCUUACGUUUUUCGAAAUCAUAAAUAAUAAUGUAAUUCGUAAUUCGAUCAUUAUAAUCAUAUUUUUGAACAUAAUCGUGUUUACACAGUAUCUUAGCAAUUUAUUACCUCGUUUUAUUCUAAUCUAUCAUCGAUUCUGCCCGUUAGCAAGUACGAUUUGAUGAACGUUAUAUGAGCGUUAUAUGAACAAGUGUUUAUUCUUUUUCCCUCUUCUUAUAAUUACCAAAUACACAAAUUACAAAUAUUUCUUAUCCCAUUUUUAUAUAAACACGGAUGUUGAUAAAUCUUGAACGUUUUUCCGAGGCGUUACCUCAAAGUAGCACGUUCUCAUUCGCCAAGGAGCUGUACCAUUAGCAUCUCACCGACUUCACCAAUAAUACCUUAACAAAAUCAAAUUAAUUAUAAUAAUUUAGGAAUUUUUUGUGGGCACGAUCAUGUUUCGGAAAAUGAUUUUGUUAUGUACGAUAACUGUGUCUUUCGUACAAUGUAAAAAAGUAUUUAUUUCAUAUUUUUAAAUAACUUCUUUUAAAAAUUGAAUGCAAUCUGUAAUCAAUCGUUUGGUUUGAAUUUUAAGCUUCACGAAUACAUGACAUCGGAAGAAGUAAUGGGAGUUUUUCACACGAAUCACGAACAAGUACCACAUUACGAGGUCGUUCCAAUAAAACACACCGCCCACCGAAGAAGUUUAGAGAAUAGUCAAGAAAUACAAUUAAAAGCAUUCGAUCAAAACAUUAAAUUGUAUCUAAAUCCUACGGAGGGAAUACUUGCCAGCACACACACCCCUGUUUGGACUGUGUCCUCCGAUCCAGAUUAUCCUGAAGGAUUGAAAUAUACUCUAAUACCGAACGCCAUGCGAAAUCUAGGUAAUACAUUUCACGAUAUGAAUAACACGGCGUCGAUACUGAUGAAGUUGGAUGCUAAUAAAAGAUUGGUGCUCGUAAGUAACAAC